AUGCUGAUCUCGUCUCCCACAGGCUACAUUGGCGAGUUCGAGGAGGUCGACGACCACCGCAACGGCAAGAUUGUUGUCCAGCUUAACGGCCGCCUCAACAAGACCGGUGUCAUCUCUCCCCGCUACAACGUCCAGCUCCGCGACAUGGAGAAGUGGGUUGUCAAGCUCCUUCCCUCGCGUCAGUUCGGUUACAUUGUCCUGACCACCUCUGCCGGUAUCAUGGACCACGAGGAAGCCCGCCGCAAGCACGUUGCCGGCAAGAUCAUCGGUUUCUUCUACUAG